UUAUGGUGGCCUUCCCGUGUGCCUCUGCUACUCAAUGGAGCACGCUACGAACAUUGGAGAUGAUUAUACAGUAUUAUGGGAUGCCCUUACAAAUACAAACAGAUAAUGGGUCUCAUUUUACAGGGAAGGAAAUAAAACAGUUUGCUUUAGAAAACAACAUUGAAUGGGUAUAUCACAUGCCCUAUUACCCACAGGCUGCUGGUCUCAUUGAGCGAAUGAAUGGGUUGCUCAAAGGAGCAUUGAAAAAAAUGACUUCAGAUGGUAAAUACGGACAAUGGAGAGAUAAUCUUUCCUCGGCCCUUCAGUCGCUCAAUAAUAGACCACUAACAGAAUCCACUACACCUUUAAUGAGAAUGUUGACGCCAAAUCUUACUAUAGGUAAAUUAACUAUAGAAUCUAUUGAAUAUUGGAAAAUUAAUGAAGAAGCUCAGGUCCCUUUUAGGGGAACAUCAAAAUCUGCAGGGUUGGACUUGCACUCACUGGAGGUGACGGUAGUAAGUCCAGGAGUCACUAAGAUAAUUCCUACUGGAAUCGGGGUAAAAAUUCCCUCAGGACAUUAUGGACAGUUGGCCACUAGAUCCAGUUAUGCUCUAAAAAGUUUAAUAGUGGUUGGAGGGGUAAUUGAUGAAGAUUACCAAGGAGAAGUCAAAGUUGUUCUCAUAAAUCUGGGUAAAAUGGAUGCUAUAAUAUCAAAAGGAGAUAGGGUGGCACAAUUGCUAUUAAUCCCAAUAUAUAUAGCACAGAUAAAAGAAACAACAGCCCCCAAGGAACUAACUGUGAGGGGACAGAAAGGAUUUGGAUCCACUAAUGAAAUUAGUGUAGGUGCUAAAAUUUGGAUUCAAGAUGUAAACGGACCUCCGUCACCUGCUGAAGUAAUAGCGGUUGGCAAGGACCGUACUCUACUCGUGAUGAGGCCUGGAGUAGAGAAGUGGGAAUAUAUCCCACAGGAGAAAUGCUAUUUACGGGAAUAAUGCUGUAUUCUUGAUUUACAGAAUCCACUAAGACAUUGUGGCAUCGUCCUUGGUCUCCUUGGUAUCGUGUGGUUGGCAUCCUACGCAGACGGUAAUACACCUGGACGCAAGUUGAGCCUGGCUGAAUCCAGAAAUGGGGCGUGGGGAUGGAAAAACCAUUCUAAAACCAGGAAACAGGACAGUGUUACAUGUGAAGCCAAUCGACCCUGCUUAUUUGCCAAGUGGAACAUAAAUACCAGUGCUUGGCUAGGGGCCAAUCCACCCGGAACAUUCCAUAAUAGACAGAGGAAUAUUACCUUUUAUGCCUUAUAUCAAACAUUUGUGCACAUACAAGUAAUAUCGAAUGUAACCUUGCGGUGUUGCAACGAAGAACAGUAUGUGGAAUUAAAUAGAAGUCAAAGGGUAAAACUUGUGGAGAAGUGCU